CAGACUUUUAGAGAGGAGUCAGAUCACAAUGUCUGUGUUUUUCGGAAGGUGUCAGAUCACAAUCUCUGGACUAUCAUAAAACCCAAAAUUUUCUCCCGAAGAUUCAGACAAAGCCAACAAGACUAUAACAAACGCUUCUUUCUUCAUCAUCACAUUGUUCACGCAACUCUGCUUCUCAUUCUCGAACUUUCCCUGUCAUUGAACUCAAAGAACACUCUCUCUCUGAACUCUGAUCACUUUCUCUUUGAUCCCAGUUUAAACUUUCCUAAAAUCUUGGUCCGUGAUCUUUUUUCUCAUCUGGGUGUGUCUUGGCUCCUGGAUAAUUAAUGCAAAAGCCAUAACUUUUGAGUUUUGAGAUCUUUUCGAAAAGUAGUGCUGCUUUUUAAUUGGGUAUCUAUUUGUUUUCUAGUUCCUCAGAUUCUAUAUUUUUCUGCCCUUUACAUUAUAGAUUUUGGAAUCUCUGGUUAAUAAAUCGGGAUUUUAGUGUAAAGAUUGGUGGUAAGACUGUAGGAGUGAGUAGAUAAACAAUGGAUGCUUGCUGUGUCACAAUGAAGGCUAAAGUGCAACCAGUGCAAGUCAGCAAAGGUUUUAGUAAUGGAGACCGUGGUUUUUGGGGGAUGAAGAUCAAAGUGAGUCCAAAGAACAGGCCAUUUAGCACUCUGUUGUGGAGGAACUUGGGAAGUGAAAAAAGGGCUAGAAAGGUUAAACCAGGGGUUGCCUUCUCUGUUCUUACAGAAGAUAUUAGCAGAAACCGCCUGACUUUUGAAGCACCAGCAUUUGAUCAGCCAAAGGCAGAGGCAGACCCAAAAACUGUAGCUUCGAUCAUUCUGGGUGGAGGUGCUGGGACUCGCCUCUUUCCUCUUACUGGAAAACGAUCUAAACCAGCUGUUCCAAUUGGAGGAUGUUACAGGCUAAUUGAUGUACCUAUGAGUAACUGCAUCAAUAGUGGCAUAAAAAAGAUUUUUAUCCUUACCCAGUUCAAUUCUUUCUCCCUCAACCGUCACCUUGCUCGCGCAUACAACUUUGGAAAUGGUGUGAGUUUUGGGGAUGGAUUUGUCGAGGUUUUGGCUGCCACUCAAACACCAGGAGAAGCAGGAAAGAGGUGGUUCCAGGGAACAGCAGAUGCUGUGCGGCAAUUUAUAUGGGUGUUUGAGGACGCCAAGAACAAGAAUGUCGAGCACAUAUUGAUUCUGUCUGGGGAUCAUCUUUACCGGAUGGAUUAUAUGGACUUUGUUCAAAAACAUAUCGACACAAAUGCAGAUAUUACUGUUUCGUGUAUACCCAUGGAUGAUAGCCGCGCCUCAGACUAUGGAUUGAUGAACAUUGAUGAGACAGGGCGUAUCAUUCAAUUUGCUGAGAAACCAAAGGGCUCAGCCUUGAAAGCAAUGCAAGUUGACACCUCUGUCCUUGGACUGUCUGAGCAAGAUGCCAUGAAAUAUCCUUACAUUGCAUCAAUGGGAGUCUAUGUAUUUAGAACUGACGUCCUACUAAAGCUACUGAGAUGGAAGUAUCCUUCAUGCAAUGACUUUUGCUCUGAAAUCGUUCCUUCUGCAGUGAGAGAUCACAAUGUCCAAGCAUAUCUAUUCAGUGACUACUGGGAGGACAUUGGAACAAUAAAGUCUUUCUUCGAUGCCAAUUUGGCACUAACAGAACAGCCUCCACGGUUUAGCUUUAAUGACCCAAAGACACCUUUCUAUACGUCUCCUAGAUUCUUGCCACCUACUAAAGUUGAAAAAUGCAGGAUUUUGGAUGCAAUAAUAUCACAUGGUUGUUUUCUACGGGAAUGUACCGUUGAACACUCUAUAGUGGGUGUACGGUCACGCUUAGACUAUGGUGUUGAAUUUAAGGAUACAAUGAUGAUGGGUGCAGACUAUUAUCAAACUGAAUCUGAAAUAGCAUCUCUGCUAGCGGAGGGAAAGGUCCCCAUCGGCGUUGGACAUAACACAAAAAUUAGGAAUUGCAUAAUUGACAAAAAUGCAAAGAUCGGAAAAGAUGUGGUCGUUGAAAAUAAAGAUGGUGUUGAAGAAGCAGACAGACCAGAUGAAGGAUUUUACAUUAGGUCUGGGAUCACAGUCAUACUGAAGAAUGCAACAAUUAAAGACGGAACGAUCAUAUAAAAUCAUGGAACUACUUGUAACCUGUUUUCACAGAUCUACUACUGAUGGGAGCUGAAAGAGUCCUGCAUUCCUGCAUUGACUUGUUUGCAAUAAAAGCAGCUAGGAGGCGUGCCUCUGUAUGUAAAUUACUACUUCUUUUGAUGCAUUUAUGCAGAGAACCUUAAAAUGUAGCUAGUUGUGUGUAGUUUCCGAAUAAGAUAUGUUAUCUAAAAGUUUUGGUUCAUAAUGUCCCUAAGUAUCAUACUUAUCUGUAGUUAUAAUCUCUGGACUAACAAAAUCAUCUCUAGGAGAGCAUCCGGCUUCCUCCAGCCAUGAAAAAUUCCCAAAAC